AUGGCCACGGUUGUACGCUUGGGCUGCUCCCCCAGAAUAUGCUCCAUUUUUCCUCAACGAACCGUAAACUCGUUUUGCAACAGCGUGCAACUCUGCACCAUACACAUAUUCGGUAGGAUCUUUGUGCUCUCUCAAUAUCGUUCGAGCCUGACCGUCAAGAUACCCCCGUAUAACGAGCUCUGUGAUGAAAUCCAUUGUCCACUCCUGGCAUCUCCUGAUAACCUAUUUCGUGACUUGUUAAUGAAACUGAUUGAGCGAGCGCUUGGAUUUUGGGGCAUGCAUACCCCUUUAAAUGGAGCCAUAUAA